AUGGCCGUGGACUAUUCAUUAUACUUGGUGACGGAUUCCACCAUGAUUCCAAGCUCCUCCACAUUUCUCAAACAAGUGGAGGAUGCAGUGAACAAUGGAGUAACGUUAAUUCAAUUGAGGGAAAAGGAGAUAUCCACAUUGGACUUUAUUGAAAGGGCGAAAGAAGUCCACAAAUUGACAAAGCCUAAAAAUAUUCCUUUAAUCAUCAAUGAUAGAGUUGAUGUUGCAUUAGCUGUGGAUGCAGAGGGUGUUCAUGUAGGUCAAGACGAUAUGCCAGCAACAUUAGCGAGGAAAUUACUAGGACCAAACAAGAUACUUGGGGUCACUUGUUCCAAUCCUGAAGAAGUUAAACAAGUGGUUCGGGAGGGAGUUGCUGACUAUGUUGGAUUGGGUACCACAUUCGCCACAAAUACCAAAAAAGACGUGAAAACCCCAGGGGGUGUUGGUCCAAUUGGUAUACGGAAACAAAUGCAUGAAUUAAGCAAGGACAUUCGUUGUGUUGCAAUUGGCGGUAUAAAUCAUUCCAAUGCUAAUAGAGUUAUACAUCAAUGUCGCGUUGGCAAUAAACGUCUCGAUGGAAUUGCUGUUGUUUCAUGUAUUAUGGCAAGCGAAGAUGCUGCUGAAGCGACAAGAACACUCCGUGCUGAGUUGGAGUAUAUACCGGAUUGGGCAGUAACUAAAUUAUUCGAAAAAGACAUAUCCGUCCACUCUAUUAUUGAAAACAUGACUGGCCUGCACCCUUUAGUACAUCAUAUUACCAACAAUGUCGUCAAAAAUUUCAGUGCAAACGUGACAUUAGCGAUUGGCGCAUCACCAAUUAUGUCAGAGUUGCCAGAGGAGUUUGAAGAGUUUGCUUCAGGCAUUCCCAACAUUGGACUUGUGAUCAAUUUGGGCACCCCGAAUACCGAGCUAAUGAAAGUGUUCUCUAAAGCGUUGACUGUUUAUAACAGGUACAAUAAGCCCAUUGUAUUUGAUCCUGUUGCAUGUGGAGCUUCAAAGGCUAGACUUGAGAGCUGCAGGAAACUUUUGAACCAAGGUUUUGUAACCGUAAUCAAGGGUAAUGUCGGAGAAAUAAUGAGCAUAUGGAAGCUCACACCAUAUUAUUUAGAAGGUGGUGACGGUGAAAGCCAGAUGAGAGGUGUAGAUUCCAUUUCCAAUGCUCAGGAAGCUGAAGUUACGGAAAAAGGUUUUCAAGUUGCAAGUACCUUUGGUUGCACGGUUGUUAUCACUGGAAAACGUAACUACAUAUUAAGCAGCGACAAGAGAUCCGUGGUAGUCACUGGCGGAGACCCAGUAAUGGGUAGUAUAACAGGUACAGGUUGCUCCUUGGGAAGUACUAUUGCUGCGUUUUUAGCAGCUGAAAAGGCCAACCCAGCAGUUGGAGGCGAUGUUUGGAAAGCUACUGAGGUAGCUGUUAGAUUGUAUAACAGUGCAGGUGCAGAUGCAGCUCGCAAAUCACAAUCCCCAGGCUCAUUUAUGAUUACUUUUCUCGACAAGUUGAGUGAACUUUCGCAAAAUUUUGAAGCAAAGAAUACUUGA